UACAUGAAACUAGCUUCCACUCCAAUUGUGUAACGUCAGUCAAGCAAACAAGUUUUAGCCAAAGCUGUGAUUGUUAUUUGUAUUUCAAUUUCUGCAUGCUUUGCUGUUUGAUUUUAACUAGCUAUUUGACAUCAUGUCUUUCUUCGACUAUGUGUUGUUGGCAGUAGUUUCACUUUAUAUAAUCUAUGUUUUGCUUUGGAUGCUACUCGAUUGCAAUGUCCGAUUGUGGUGGAAAAUCUAUUGUGGUACCUCAAUAUCCGCCCUCAAAGGCCAAGUGGUAUGGAUUACCGGAGCUUCAAGUGGCAUUGGUCGAGCUUUGGCUCUACAAUUAGCUCGUUCUGGUGUUCAUUUGGUUGUUUCGGCCAGGCGUGAAAAUCUAUUGCAACAGCUUAAGCAGCAAUGUGUGGCGGAAUCAAAAGGAUUAUUAACCGAUAGAGACGUUUUAGUUUUACCCAUGGAUGUUUUAAAACUGGAGGACCAUAAAAAUUGUCUAGAUGCUGUUUUAGUACAUUUUGGCCACAUAAAUGUUUUAGUAAACAAUGCUGGACGCUCACAGCGUGCCCAUUGGGAAGAUAUUAUGAUUGAAGUGGAUCGAGAACUAUUUGAAUUGGAUGUUUUUUCGGCCUUGCAUCUAUCGCGUUUGGUGGUGAGAUAUUUUAUGGAGAAGCAAAAUGGUAGGGGGCAGAUUGCUUGUACAUCCAGUGUGGCCAGUUUGGCUAUUGUCCCCUAUUCGGCCAGUUAUUGUGGUGCAAAACACUCUUUAAAUGCUUACUUCCGUUGUUUAGCACUUGAAAAUCGAUCUGUAGAUGUGACCAUAUUCAAUCCCGGACCUGUAGCUACGGAGUUUCUGCGCGAAUCAUUCACUGCUGUGCCUAAUGAGAAAGUAUCUCGAGAUACUAUGGACAAACAUCGCAUGAGCACAGAAAGAGUGGGUUUCUUAUAUGCCACAGCAUUGGCAAAUAAAAUACAAAUGUCAUGGUGUGGCUUGUUUCCAGUAAAUCUAUUGUGUUAUGUCUCACGAUAUUCGUUAUUAACUGCUAUAAUGAACAAAUUGAUAACCACACAGAGAAUGCAGAAGUUUAGAGAUGGAGAGGUUUAAUAUGAUGUGACUUUGUUGGCAAAUGGAAUGUUUUAGAAGAAAUUAACAUGUGAUAGUCAAACUAACAUUUAAGCAGCUAAUACCGUAUUUUUUUAUUUUCCAAAUUCCUUAGGAAGAUUAAAGUUUAAGUAUAAGGAUUCAAAUGUAUGACCUUAUUUUCGUAAUUUGAAAA